GAAACCACGCCUCUUCAGUUACUCACGAAUCAACAUGGCGACGUGCAGAAAGAUGGGGCGAAGCAGGAUACAUUUUUGUGCUCUUUCUCUGGUUAUUGCCCUCCAGCUGUUAGCCGGCGGCUGCCUGUCUUUACCGUUACCGAUUAAUAGUACCACGACGGCAGCACCAAGCCAAGAGAAUCAGGGUGGAAACACUUCUGCAAAUCUUACUUUGACCACGGUGAACAAGAAGACAGUUGACACGGAUCCUACCCCCUCUCAACAAACUUCAGUGGCUGUAACCGAUCCAAAGAACCCAUCAACAUCUGCUGGUAAUGACUCCACACCAGCAGAAGCAGAGGCUCCUAAAGACAACGGCACAACAGCCCUUGUACUGAAAACAUCUAAAGUGCAUGAUCCAGCUGAUGUUUUUGAUGCCUCUGAUGCCUCUACUGAACAGCAAGGAGCUGUCAGCAAUGGGGCUGCAAAAACAGAUGGACAACCAGCCAAAGUUGCAGCAACAGAUGGACCAGCUGCUCCAGACACCACCACAGCUACUCAUCCACAUCCCACCACCUCCGUGAAACCCCAUGAACCAGCCAAACCGACAGAAGAAGGAGAAGUAGAACCACCCGUCUUUGAAUCCAAAACCCCCAAUGCUGUGAAUCCCUUCACAGACCAGGACGCUGAUCCAGAACUGCUGCAGACAACUGAGACAGGACCAGUACCUCAUAUUGAUGGGGAAAAUUACUCAGAUGAUGGCGAUGAAGACGACGGUGAUGACGAAGACGGUACCUACCCAGAUGGCGACGACAGCCUUGAUGGUGUAUAUGAAGACAACAAUGAUGUCAAAGGCCGCACAGGGAGCCGGCUGCAGCCAGACGGGAUGGAGGUGACCCGUUUCAAGGGAGCAGACAGCUAUAACACAGAAGAUGAGGACUCCCACUUCUUCUUUCAUCUGGUCAUCCUGGCUUUCCUGGUGGCUAUUGUUUACAUCACCUAUCACAACAAGAGGAAGAUCUUCCUCCUGGCUCAAAGCCGGCGCUGGAAGGAUGGUCUUUGUUCCCGCAACACUGUGGAGUAUCACCGCCUGGACCAAAACGUCAAUGAGGCCAUGCCGUCCCUCAAGAUCACCCGAGACUACAUUUUCUAAUCCACGCUCAGAAGAGCAAUAUGUCCAGACCUCCACAGAGCCAGUUGGCCUCCUGCCUGGCCAGUCGCAUUGUGGACAUGCUGUGCUUUGUCAUGGAACCUGAUUGAUGCUUUCUCUUGCUUUACAGGCCAACUGGAGAGCAUUAUGUCUUUGGAAUAGAAUUUUGUUCAGGACCUUUCUGUUGUCUGCAUAGAGAGAUUUUUACUUUAUCUGUUAUUCUUAUUUUUUAAUUUUAUUUUAAUGUUAUUAGUCUUUUUUUUUUCUCAAUGACGUCUUGGGUUUUAAAUUUUGGCUUUUAAGGGGUCUUAUAUUUGUCUUUUUUCAGAGUGUUUCAGCCUUAUGGUCCGUUUCUGUUUUUCCUCUUGCAUACCGUCUUAAUUUGUUUAAUACUCACUUUAAAAUUGUAAGACCUUAGAAUAUAAUAUAAUGCUCAACUAUAACAGUUAAUUAUUUACCCAUAAAAUUAAUAAUAGAUUCUCUCUCUCAGCAGUUAGCCAAGAAUAUUAAUUGACACACAAAUCAUUUGCUUUUCAAAGCACUUGUUGUGUCAUGCAUACUUUUGUACUGUAAAGAUGAAAGUAUGCAAACAAAGCAGCAAUCUAGGUUGAUACAUAUAUAUGCAGUCAUUCCAAGAAAUGUCCACCGCUCAUGUUAAAGUGGUCUGUUUGUCUAGAUCUUAUGUAAUUAAAAAACAACAACAUUGGGUAAAUUGAUUUAAAUAUACAAAGACUAAAUAUUCAUUGUUUGGUAUAUACAAAGUCUGUUUUAAAAACUGUUUUACAAUCACCUUUAUUUCCUGGGGCACCUUUGCAAAAAAAAAAAAAGCCUCUUCAUUUUGAAUUUGCAUUAUAUAAGGGAUGUAAAAUCCCUGUAACAUGUUGAAUUAAAGGAAAUGAAGCUGCACAACAAACAUUAUUUCAAGGAGGGUGACUCUUCAGGUCAGGGGUCUGUUCAUUUGCUUAAGCCAUUUAUAUGAAGACAGAUGCUGAAUAUUAAGGUGAGAAUGUACUAAUAUUAUGUUUGGGGGAAUACUUUUUCCUUGUUCAUUAGUUAAUAUUUUUCUUGUCUUCGGUACCUCUUCUACUUCUACUGCCCAGAUUUUGCUAUGCAGAAAUCCUGGGGCUGGCCCUCUUUGUUUUAUGACUUCGGUGAAGUCUCUAUCAAUGAUUUAUGAUCUUCAUUGUGGCAGAAUACAACAUGUUCUCAUGCUCGCACAGAACAUUUAAUUUUUUAGUUAUUCCUAUCAGAGUACGGUUUGGUUGACUGGUAUCUCUUCAUCAGAAAUUUUGCACGCUUUGUGGCAUGAUUUUCACACGUGCAAAAAUCACAAAAAAGAACAGAGCACAUUGUUUUUUGUCACUCAUGUCCAUUUCCUUUUCAUCAUAGCCACACAUUUUUCUCUGUUGCUGUGUCAUGCCUUCGAUUGAAAUGCCAUAACUGGCACAUGAAUCCACAUACUUGUUUUCAUUCUAUUGUCGCCUUCUGCCGGUUAUUUUCAGCUGCUUGUCCAUUAAUAAAGGUACACAGUGGUUAGAUGGAUAAUGCAAUUUGCACUGUGCCGUUCAGUCAUAUUAGCUAGAAUAUGAGGGGAGGUGUCCUGCAUAAAAGUGAUUGAUCAACACUGCUCUUGCAAUCAACAGUAGAAACUGUACAAUCUCUUUUUGUCAAUAAAGCACAAAUUAUGUA